GAGAGAGAGAGAGAGAGAGAGAGAGAGAGAGAGAGAGAGAUGGAGGCGCACAUGGAGCGGGUGCUGCGAGAGACGCUGACGGAGGCGGAGGUGCGUGCGCUGGAGGGCGCGGUGCGCGAGCGCCACACGUUCCCGGGCCGGGCAAGCGCUGGUGCGACGUGCACGUCGCUGGUGGCGCAGCGCGUGGCGGCGCCCGUGCGCGCGGUGUGGCCCAUCGUGCGCAGCUUCGGCAACCCGCAGCGGUACAAGCACUUCGUCCGCACCUGCGCGCUGGCCGCCGGGGACGGCUCCAGUAUCGGCAGCGUCCGCGAGGUCACCGUCGUGUCGGGCCUCCCGGCAUCCAGCAGCACCGAGCGCCUCGAGGUGCUCGACGACGACCGCCACAUCCUCAGCUUCCGCGUCGUCGGCGGCGACCACCGACUCCGGAACUACCGCUCCGUGACCUCCGUCACCGAGUUCCAGGCCUACGCCCAGCACCCCUACUGCGUCGUCGUCGAGUCCUACGUCGUGGACGUGCCCGAGGGCAACACCGAGGAGGACACCAGGAUGUUCACCGACACCGUCGUCAGGCUCAACCUCCAGAAGCUCGCCACCGUCGCCGAGGAGUCCGCGGCCGCCAACAAGAGCUCGUGAUCGUCUCGUUCGUGGUGGGCGCGCCCGCGCGCGCGGGGGUGACUUUGCACGGUGGGCGCGACGUACCAGAGCGCGGCGCCGACGUUGUUGCUAUGUUUGUUUUUUGUUCUUUUCUUUACCUUAUCUGUUUUGUAUCUUUUUUCCCGUUAUGUUGUCAUGUUCAGAAGCAUUUAUUGUGGCACCGUCUCUUUGUUCUUA